AUGCCCCCCCUGGGAACCAUCCACACAAACCCCAACAACCCCCGUGUCUCCAAAAUCCAAGCCGCCGCCAACCUCAACAACCUAAUCCUCACCUUCGCCCCCUUCGAACUAGGCAAAACAAACCACACCCCAGAAUUCCUCUCAAAAUUCCCACUCGGCAAAAUCCCCGCCUUCACAUCCGCCGAUGGCAGUGUAAAUAUUGUCGAGUCGGACGCCAUCGCGCAGUACGUUGCUGCAAGCGGCCCAGCCGCGGAGCAGCUCCUGGGCAGUAAUCCGAUCCAGCGCGCGCAGAUACGGCAGUGGAUCAGCUUCUCAGCGAAUGAGAUGGAAGCGUCGCUGAUCCCGUUGGUGCUCUGGCGGAUUGGACUCGCUGGGUUUGAUUCGGCGAAGGAAGAAACUGCGUUUAAGGGCCUGGAGCGGGCGUUAGGUUGCCUGGAGAAAAGUCUGGAAGGGAAGGAGUGGUUAGUUGAUGGGGAGGAGGUGAGUUUGGGGGAUUUAAGUGUUGCGUCGGCGUUGGUGCCGGGGUUUUUGGUGGUUAUUGAUGAGGAGAUGAGAGGGAGGUUUCCGGGUGUUGUGGGAUGGUAUGAGAGGGUUAUUGGGUUGGAGGGGGUUAGAGAGGCAUUUGGGGAGAAGGUGUUUGUUGAGAAGAGGCAGGGUCCUCCGGCUUAA